UUGUAUUUUGUCAACUUUACAAACAUCCAGUUGUAUACAAACCGAGUCAUGCCCGUAAAACAUCAUAAUAAUUUACGUACAAAUCGUAGAAAGCGUUUUUUUCUGAUUUUCUAUCGCGAAGAUUUGUGGAAGUAGGAAGCUGAAUGAAUUCGAUUUGAUGCCAGAGUAUAACGUAGGAGCUGUCUAAUUGACGGAUUAGAGCUGGUUAUAAAAAGCAGAGCCAUGGCAGCGACAGCGAAAUCCUCCGUAGCUGACACUAUUCAGUUUCGGGAACUGGCUGCACUAUGCGACACAUUGGCGAAGUUGCCCGUGAAGGAGAAGAAGCGCAGCACCCUCGCUCUGUUUCUCAAACGAUGGCGAAACGAGUACGAUCGUAUCUAUCCCAAUCAUCCGCAGCCACCCCCGGAGACGUUCUUUCCCUUUCUCCGUUUGCUGAUGCCGUGGGCCGACAAGGAGCGACCCGUGUACGGGAUCAAGGAGAACACGCUGGCCAGGUUGUACAUCGAAGAACUGGGACUGACACCCAGUGGAGAACCGGCGCAGCAGUUACUGCACUGGAAGAAGAAUAAACCCAGGAAUGCCGGAAGUAAAGAUGAUGUGUCCGAUUUUGCCGGAGUGGCUUAUUAUGUCCUGCAGAAUCGUCUGCACAAAGAAGGAGAAAUCAGUGUGGAAGCUGUAAAUAAUCACCUCAACAACAUUGCGGAAGCGAAUGCUAUCGGCGGUCAGGAACGAAAAGAUACGAUAAAAAUGUCUUUACAUACAUUGCUACGAAGAACGGAUCCCUUGGAACAGAAAUGGUUAAUACGGAUGAUAAUGAAGGAUUUGAAGUUCGGAAUGGGUGAAGAUGCCAUUUUGAAUGUUUUCCAUCCGGAUGCCAAGGAUCUGUACGAUGUUACCAGCAGCAUCUCCACGGUUUGUACAAAAUUGCACGAUCCCACGCUUCGCCUAAGUGAAAUUGAAGUGUCCCUCUUCGCUCCUGUGCGACCUAUGCUGGCGGAAACAUGGAAUCCUGAAAAACUGCGAAGUGCGCUGAAAGGCGGAGUCUAUUAUGCGGAAAUCAAGUAUGACGGCGACCGCUGUCAGAUCCAUAAAAACGGAAAAGAAUUUCGCUAUUUUUCUCGAGGCGGAAACGACAAUACAAACGUUUUGGGAUCAUCGGCGUCUGAAGGUACAUUGACGCAGCACAUUGCUGACUGUUUUCGCCCAGAUCUGGAUAAUUUCAUUAUCGAUGGGGAAAUUGUAGCGUACGGAUUGAAGGAAAAGUGCAUCUGUACCAAAGCGGAAAGCUACUCGAUAAAAAACCUUACGGGCGAGACUGGAUAUCAAGUGUGCUUCGUAGCCUUUGAUGUGUUGCUCACCAAUAAUAAGACAGUAACUGCCCUUCCUCUACGCCAACGUGUAGAAAUAUUGAAGGACAUGUUCCAAGAGGACGAAGGACGCUUGUAUUUAGCAAGGCGGAAAGAGGUGUCCACACCAGAUGAAUGUUAUGAGUUUCUUAACGAAGCCAUUGAUCGGAACGAGGAGGGUAUUAUGCUAAAAGAUCCCAGCUCCGUGUAUAAGCCCAACGCACGGAGCGCUGGCUGGUGGAAAGUGAAGCCGGAGUAUGUGGACAGCUUGUCCGAUCAACUAGAUGUACUGGUUGUCGGUGCUUAUUACGGUACGGGACGCCGCAGUGCAGGGCCUUCGCAUUUUCUGCUCGCUGUCGCGCAGGAUCCUGAAACUCCCGGCGAAAAGCCGACAAAGUUCCUCUCAUUUUCCAAAGUGGGCAGCGGUUAUACAUACAAAGAACUGGAUGAGAUGGGCGCCCGAUUGAAUCCGCAUUUCAAGAAAUGGACGAAAACCAGUAAACCGGAAUAUCUACAAUUGGCGCCAGGAGAGAAGAAUCGAGCGGAUUUAUGGGUUGAACCGGAGAAUUCUUUUAUCGUGACGGUCAGUGCAGCGCAGGUGCUGGAUUCGGAUCAGUUUGCCACGAAAUGCACAUUGCGCUUCCCACGAAUGAAGGAGCCACGUUAUGAUAAGCCAUGGUUCGAGUGUCUGACCGUUUCCCAACUCCAGAAACUGAAAGAAGAGACGAGUGGACGCUUGGGUGGUCGUAAUAUUACCGACGAGGAUGUGGGCGAUGGAGCAGGGAAGAAGCGUCCCCGUGUUAACAAAACAGUAAUACGUCUAGCCGAACAAUUCCGUCCAGCUGAUCUCGCGGAAAUUCAAGCGGAAAGCGGAAUAUUCACCGGCAAGUCCUUUUAUGUUGCCGAUGGAGAUGAGCUACAUAGUAAACAGGAUCUCGAGCGGAUUAUUGCAGAGAACGGUGGUACCUGUGUACAGAGUCCCGAUACAGGAACAUUCUGUAUCGUCUGUCGGAAACUGACCAUACAUGUGAGAAACGCAAUCAGGCGGCUGCCUGUUGAUGUUGUUUAUCCUUCCUGGAUUGUUCGAUGUGUACAAGAAAAAAAGUUGUGUGUUUGGCAAGCCAGUGAUCUCUUGCAUGCCAAACCCGCAACGAAGAAUUUGAUUAAUUCAGCUUUCGACGACUGGGGUGAUAGCUAUACGGAAGAUGUGACGGUGGAGCAAGUAGAAAAUUUAUUCACUACUCUUUUGGGAAAAGUAGAGCCGAUUGAAAGAGACGUCCUGGCGGAAUUUGAGCAAGAAUAUUUUCCCGGUGUAAAAUUGCCCGGAAUUUUCCGUUUAAUCAAUGCACACAUCGACAAAUUUCAAGAAUUCAAUGAUGAAAGUACUCCCAGUGCGACGAAGACUAUCCUUGGCGUUGCUGGAGAUUUAAUUGAGAUUCUCGGUGGAGAAAUCAGUGAUGAGCUGUCUGGCAAGCACAUCAGCCAUGUUGUCGUUGCUGCUAACGGAUCUUCAGGAAGGUUAGAGAGGCUAAAGGCCGCUAAUCACAGUCGAAAGAGAAAAUUCCACAUUGUUACGGAGAAAUGGGUGUUUGACAGCAUUUCUCGUGAAAAAAUCCUGGAUGAAAAGGGUUAUGUCGUCCGUGAUUAUGUGCAGAGGCCGGCGCCCGUACAACAAUCUGCCUUCGAUGGCCUCUUUGAUGUUUGAUGUAAUACAGUUUGUUUUACGUGCCCGGAGCAGUCUUAUUGUUUUUUUUUCAGAAGUUUUCGCUGCACCCUACUAGUCUAUGAUUUUGUAUUCCGUUCGAAAUGCAGCUAAAUUGAGUUUUAGGUUUUUUUGUGUGAAUAUACCAGAUUUUUUAAGGUUUUUAUUGAGUGAAUGGCAGAUGAUACCACCAUGUUCCAAGUAAAUCUGUCAGAUUGUUUUGAGUGCCUUUUGUAAUAAAACAAGU